AUGGAAGCUACCGGAGUCCUCAAAUUCCGGCGGGAUGCAGACGGGGCUGUCUCCGACGGAGAAACAGACGGUGAGGAUUCGUUUUUCGAUUUGGUUUUCAGAUCUCCCGACCGCGUAGCCGAUGAUGGACGUGUUGAGGUGGCUACGGAGAAGUAUUUUCGGUUCGUUCGAUCUCCGAGAGAUGUUUUGCAGAGUGAAAAUGGCGCCUCGACCUCGAAGGCGGCGUCGCCGGUCACUCCCCUCCGGUCGACGCCCAAGUUCAAUGUCUUCUUCUCGUUCAGUUUCAGGAAACCGACCAAGGGAGAGAAAACUCAGUUUGUGGCCGAUUCGAGCUCGAAAUUCGCGAAAAUCGACGGGAGCGGCCGUUUCACGGUUGCGGCGGCCGGAGACAACAGCCUGAGGAGCCAAUUGAUGAGAGAAGCAUCGGAAUAUGAAGCUUCUCCGGCAAAAAUACCGUCUAGGGAUACGGUCCCAAAGUACCUUAAGUUGAUUAAACCUCUGUACCAGAAGGUGUGGAAGAAGCAGAACGAGAAGGCGAAGUCGUCGGGUUCGUUGACGCCGUCAUCUCCACCGGCGCCGGCGAAAUCUGAGGGCAGCAGGACGGGAAGCUUUAAGAUCCUGUCCAAUCGUCUGCGGAAAGGCCGAUCGGCGUCCGUACCGCCGUCCGGCCGGAGGGACGAUUCGCAGCAUGAUGGAAUUCAAGGUGCAGUUCUGUAUUGCAAAAAAUCAUACAACUCGUCGACGUCCAGAGGUGCCAUUUUUGCUCCUUUCCUAUCUAUGUUAAAAACCAACAUUUUGAGCUCAAGUUGA